AUGGAGCAGCCCAAUGCAGUUGGCUGUGAGACGGCUCCAGCACAGGGGUGCUACAGAUGGAGGUAUGACCAGCUGCUGCGGAAGCUUCUGGAAUUACUAGAGACCAGCAGACAGGAGGCAAACAGAGACGCCUCUCCUGUGAAAGAGCAUCAAACCCACUUUGUGAGGCAAGCAGAGGAGGAGGGGACCGUAGGACACAAAGGUGGUGCUCCUUAUAUGGAGACGUGGUCCACUCGGGCGAAGGUGGUGCUCCUUAUGGAGCUCACCCUCCCAUGGGAGGAGGGGGCAGAAGCAGCCUAUGAGCGGAAACGCCUGAAGUACUCCGACCUGGCAGCGGAGUACGCAGAUGAGUGCGACUCCCCCGCCCUGAAUAAGUGCAGCUCCAACUCCGUCUGCAUCAACACCCUGGACUCAUUCACCUGCGUGUGUGAGCCGGGGUACUACAGCCUGAGCCCCAUCCUCAGCCCUGCCUGCCACGAGAAGGGGAUGUUCACGCUAUGCCUGAAGGACCAUGUAUCUGGGGGCAUCUCCAAGCCUUUCCUCAUCCACUACUUUGGCGGGAAUGUGACUGUUGUCCUCAAUGAUGGUCGCUGCUCCAUCAACGAGACGGACAAGUUUUAUUAUUACAGGAUAACUGGCGCCCCCUCCCAGUGUGGAGGCCAAACGCUCAUUAACAGGACGCAUGUGGAGUUGAGGAACGCGCUGACUGUGACGCUCAGCAGCGGGAGAUCCAUCACACGGAGGGACCUGAAGGUGCUGUGGACCUGUGCCUACCCGCUGCUCCAGACCAGCACAGCCCGCAUGAAGCCUGGUCUGGACUGGGUUACCUCUCACAGUGUGGUGCAGGUGAAUUCGUCCCGCCUCCUGGAGAUCAGCAUGGCCUUGUACAGUGACUCAUCUUACGCAUACAACUACACUGGCCCUGUGGAGCUCCCUUCUGCAGAGCAGCUGUACAUCCAGGUGACCCUGCACUGUGAGAACAGCCUGGCCUACAACAUGAGCCUACAGCUGGAGUCCUGCUGGGCCACACAGACCGCAGACCCACAAGAGGAGAAGAAGGCUUUUUUCCUGAAGGGGGGCUGCCCAAACGACAGAACCUUCCGCUGGUACCUCCGGAGCAGUUCCCCUCAAAGGAAGAGGUUCUCCAUUCAGAUGUUCACCAUGUCUGACCACUCCCACAUCUACCUUCACUGCCUGAGCAGAAUAUGCAGCCAAGAUGAGAACUGCACAACGAACUGCUCUCCCAGGCAAAACCAAAAGGUGAGAAGAGAUCUACCGGACAAACUCACAGCUAUUCUUUCAGCAGGACCCAUCUCUGCAGCAAAGAGGAAACUGACAAACUGGCCUGGAGCCCAGAUCAUGCUAUCAGUGGCCGGAGGAUUGAUUGGCCUCUUUUUUCUAACAGCACUGGGUGUGCGUGCAGCACAAGCUAUAACACAGCGCAAAACCCCAGACAUCAAUAAAGUGUGUAUACCUGCACUGUUUAGUCCGUCCUCUCUGUGUAACUGUACAAACAGCACUGUGUCCUUAUUCUCCCUGUGUAACUUUGUACAGACAGCACUAUGUCCUUAUUCUCUCUGUGCUACUGUGUACAAACAGCCCUGUGUUCUUAUUCUCUCUGUGUAAGUGUGUACAAACAGG